AUGUCUUUUGAAUCACUUCCUUCCGAAAUACUCGUACUUGUAUGCGAAAAUUUGGACGCGGCAGGUCUCAACGUGUUGGCUAGAACAUGCAGCCUCAUGUUUAGUUUGUUAGACCCUUUAUUAUAUCAACAAGCUGUCAAAAGUGAUGCAUACAAAGUCGAAUUUUUACAUGCAGUGAUUCAUCGGCAAGCGGAUGCGGUUUCCAAGUUUUUAAAAGCGGGGGUCUCAAUGAGUGCAUUUGAAGACAAUACCGAGGAUGCUAUAUUUAUUCGGAGUCAUUCACGUUGCAUCAGUGUUGAAAAAAGACGGGCUUUAAAACGGGCACCUCAUCCACUCCUGGCCGCUGCCCACUUCGGCAACAUUGAUGUGAUAAGGGUGUUGCUUAAUGAAGGCAAUGUGGAUAUUGAUUUCCAGGAUUACUCUGGCAACACGGCACUACAUUGUGCUAUAGGGGCCGAUCAUCCUGAUAUGAUCAAACUACUACUGGAGCAAGGAGCAAGAAUGGGGAAUUACCAUAAAAGGCAGGGCGUGCGGUCACCCUUCGUCCACGCAGCACAAUUUGGUAAUAAAAGGGCCGUUGAACUGAUGUUCAAUAAACUUCAGCUUCAUAAUCGAGACAACCAACUUGAAGAGCUGUGUGGGCCAAAGAAGGCGAUCUUUGACGAAAGUAUCAAACGUCUGUGUGAAGAGGCGUGUUAUGAAGCAUGCCAAAAUGGUUAUCUUAAUAUUAUUGAUUUUCUUCUCUAUCAAGGGGUCAAUGUCAAUCAUUCUGUUCACCAACGACACUUACUUUAUUGGGCAACACUUGAGGGCAGUAUUUCAAUAGUCAAAUUACUGGUGAAAUAUGGAGCAAGAAUGGAGUGUGAAAGGGACUGCGGAGUUGUGACUCUGCUUUAUAAACGUGGUAGCUGGGAUGAAAAAGAGAGAGACGAUCCUUACCUGGGCAUACUCACGCAUCUUCUGAGAUCCGGUUGCAACGUUGCAAAUGGUGGCAUACAUGCUUGUGCUUUGUGGGGUCUAGCAAAAUACAGCGGAUCAGAAGGGCACAGGUCUUACGCAACAUCUCACCAACGAGAGGAAAUUAUGGGUCUUCUACUCGAGAAUGGCUUUGAUCAGAAAAAAUGCCAACAUGGCUGUUUCAAGCGGAAAGGCUAUACUUCAUUGAUACCCAAAAUGCGUGGACAAAGUAUCGUGAAAUAUGUGGAGGAACAAGAGCUCCGAAUGAAAGAGUCAAUAUCAUACCCGGCAGCUAGCUGA